GUCCCUGUGUAUGCUCUCUAGUUUUGCUUCCAGGGCAGCAAUUUCUCGGAUGAUGUGUGGGGCUAUGGCUCCUGUUUGUCCCUUCCACGCUUCCUUUGAUUCUGGCGUGUGUGUCUCUUCCGGUUUUGUGGAUGAACGCAGAUAGUUGUUUGUCUUUAGUCAGGUCGUGGUCUGUCUCGAUGCCCACUCUCUUAAUGCCCCAUUCAAACGUGUUUUCGAAUUCAUUUGCACGCACAUAGAUUCGAUCGAUUCGGGAUAGGGAUCCUCCAAGGUUAGCGGGUUGGCGGAACGUGUAUUCCUUGGUCUCGGGAGCGUCCACUGCAGGGCCAUUAUCUUCAUGGGCUGGGAGUCUGUCUAAAGCAGCUUCUACAAUGUUCAUGUCGCCUGCCAUUAUAUCUGGUUUUCGGAUUCUGGGGUGUCGUGUGAAGAAUUCUUGGGUGUUCUUCCAAAAUUGUGCAUUUUCGGCUGGCUGGUUUGGAUGACCAUGGCUCUGCCUGGUACAAUUUCGUGCAUUUGUAUUCCUUCUGUCCGCGCGAGGAUCUUCAUUUUACGGCCGAACAGAUUGUCUAUAUCCUCUUUCCUCUCUUUAUUCAUAUGGGCUUCUCCAAUCACCAGUACAGCCACCUUGUCUUCUCGCAUUAUCUGCCACACCCCCAGCCAUUUGUUCUUGGGGUGGUGGGCAUUGGUGUGACCGUGUCCCCGGAUGUUUAGUGCACCUAUUUUCAGGGCAGCUUUCAUGUUCUUCCGGCCGUUUCUGCCGCGUGGGCCAGUGGGGCCCGGGUAUGUCUGUGCGUGUGUUGGGCGUCUGUUAUCUGGCACUCUGCCAUCUUGGUGUCUCUCGUUAUCUGGCACUCUGCCAUCUUGGUGUCUCUCGUUAUCUGGCUCUCUGCCAUUUCCGCUUUCUGUAUCCCUUUUUUCUCGGGGGGUAGCUGUCUCUCAGCUCCCUGCGCUCGCUGCGCAUGACUGUCCCUGUUGUCUGGGCUGGGUAACUGUUGCUCAGUUCCCUGCGCACUCUGCGCAUCAGCACAUCCACUUGUGCCCCCCGAUCUGCUCGCUGCAGUCGGAGUUGCGUCCCAGGGCCCAUCAUCGGUUCCUCGGGACAUCUGUCCUUCCUCUUGUGGAGGUUGGCCAUCGUCCCGGGUUACCUCCGGGCGAUGGUUCGCCAGUUCCCCUCCUCCGCGGUUGCCUUCGUUGGGACUGGCUGGGCCGGUGGCGGAGCCCUGCCGCCCUCCAGCUGCCGUUGCCUGUGCCAGUAUGUUUGUCGAAUCUUCCGGGUGCUCGUUUCGCUGAGCUUGCGAUGGUUGUUGUAGAUUUUCAGUAGCCAGCCAAAGAGACACAGCGCGUUUCCCGCUAAGAUCGGCGCUGUGAAGUCUCACCUUUGGGGUUGUCGGGGGAGCGCCAACCGUGUCUCGGGCACGCGUCGCAUUCAUCUCCCCCGACAUGCCAGGACUGCUGGCCAGCGCACCCCGACCUAAAUAGGUCGCGCUGUUGCGGCGCUAUCAGACGAGGGAUCGACCUCAUCCGACAACGCGUUCCCUCCCCCGUUUCCCGUCCUGCUCCCAAAUAGAACAGUCGGUAGAUGUGGCGGGUUCGGGUUGCGCGGUCCUCGUCGCGUCUUCUUCUGGGCCCAGACCCAGGUGGUCGGGCGCUCGACAGUAGAGAUCAAAGAUUGUCGGAUGUGAGGUUGCGGUUCGCGUGAGCCUCGAGAUGUCGUGGUAGCUCUGCAAGUGUUGCCGUCGAGAGGUGUCGUCAAAAGUUGUCGUCGAGAGUCGUCUUAGAGGGUGUUUCGGGCGAGCGCGUUGAGCGGAGAGGUAUAAGCGAGGUCGGCAGGUGUCUCGUGGUGUGGAGUGGCACGUCGCCAGUAGCGUCGCCGGGUAGCGGCGUAUCAUCCCGUAUGGUGCUCAUACCUCCGCAAUGGCGUCUUUGGCCGCAGUCCCCCACUGGUUUGCCGUUCCCGUGUUGUGUCGUAAGUGCGUGACGUGGCGCCGUAGUGUUGUCAGUGCGGCGUUCGUGUCAGCGUCGAUGAGGGCUUGGUCGGGGAGGAGGGAUGAGGGAUCAAGGGAGAGAGUGGUGUGCGAGCCAUUCAGGCUGUAGGGUGUAGUGAAACGAUUCAUAUUUCUAUUAACCUCUACGAAGUCGCCGUACUGCGUACCGUGCACACUGCACUUCCGGGUAAUCCCAACCCAUCCUCACUUCGAGGUGCCUUUAGUCUCGGCCGGUACUCGCGCUGAGUCCCCACCGCCCGCUGCGGCGUGGGGAGCCUCGUAUUUCCUUUACCGUCCGUCAUCACCCGAGGGAGAUGAUGGUGGUAAGAAGUCACGAGCCCCCGGCCGGCUCAUUUUCGCGCUGCUCUCGACGACAAUGGAGCUGCUUUCCCACUGGAGCGUUGAGCAAGCACGAUCCCCCUCUUCUUCGCUGGAUCCCGGCUGACUGAUCGUCUGCGAACCUAAACCUCGUGUCCUCCAGCUCACUUGGUGCCCCUCGUCUUCAUAAAAGCACCACCGAUCGUUGCGUUUCAGAUUUUCGCUAAAGAGAAGGAUGCGGAGUCUGGCGAUGAAAACGUCCCCAACAUUGUGGGUGGGCAGGAAGGAGGAGGAGCAGGGGGUGAAGUUUAUUGCUGCGCUGGAGUCCAUGCAGGAGUCGGUUUCUCUUGGGCGUCUGUGUCUGCGUCAGGAUUGGCCUUGGUGGGGCUGGGAUCUUGCAUCCAGCAUGGUACCAUCCACCCAACGCAACAGAAUCCCCACAUCCCACACUACACCACACCAUACGGCUCGCCAACAUCGCAGCCGAUGCUGAUGCUGCUCCUGCUUGACGCCUUGCGGUCAGCGCAAGUCUCUUAUACCUCGUCAAUGUGAUGCGAGUGCAUAUAAAACGCUCGCUUCGUUCAUCCAUUUGUGGCGUCUCGAGAAUUGACCGUAGCUCAGCCCUUGCCCUUUGCCCUACCACCCAGCACGAUGUUUGGAGCACCGUCGAAAAGCGCACAGACCAAGUCUGCGCACAUCACGUCAGCGCCGCGCGGGUUCUCGGUGCGCGUCUUCAAAACGCCCGUCAUCUCCUCGAGCUUCGCGCACACGGCCGCGGCCAAGUUCGACGUCGGGUACUGCGCGCCCAGCUGGUACGGGCUGUCGGGUGCGACAUCCGGCACCACCCCCACCACCAACAACAACAACCCACACCCGAAUCCACACCACCCCAACCCUGCACUGCUCAGCUCAGGCCGGCCCCUGCAACGGCAGUUCUCUAGCAGCGGGGCAACGCACGCGCACGCUUUUCUGGCGGCGGAUUUCAUCUAUGAGCGGUCGGUUUCCUCGCGGUCCGACCUGACCGACACCGAAACGGGCAGCGGAAGUGUGACGGAGAGCAGCACGCCGACGUCGAUCGUCACGACCGAGUCGUCCCCGUUUUCGCGCGACGUCCCAGUCGUGGAGCGCAGCAUUGAGGGAGAGGAUCCGGAGACUACGCCGACCCCGCAGCAUGCGAGCGUCCCGGUGCCGACGACCCGGUUUCCGUCCCUCGCACAGGCGCAGUCGGCGCUAAGAAGCUUUUUCGACUAUGCGGCGCCUGCGAUCAGUCGCAGCGCAUCGCAGCAGCAGCAACAUUCCCAGCAGAUCCCGCCGCCGCUGCCCGUUCCAGUCCCAGCGGAACUGCCGAGAAUGAUGCCCACCUCCUCGAACGGUCCUGUCCAAUUGCCGAAUGGAGAGCGCAUGUAUCCUCCGCCUCCGUCUGAGUCGGAAGUGGGCGAGGCCCAGCGACUUGCUGAGCGAAAUGCGCAAGAAUUCAAUUCAGCGGGGUCCGCUUACUACCAGGCCGGAUUCAGUCUUACCCCGACGACUACCCCUCGCCAUGCACCUCAAAUCUACACCUCGGCACCGUCCACUGCGUCCUCGUCCAGCACCCUCGUCGAACCGAGUCGUCCUCGGCCCCGGAGAGACUCGCUGUCGGGAAGAUAUGAGCAGAUGAAUGUCCGGCAGCGCGAGGCUUACAUGAGCGCGUUUGCCCGCGGACCGAUGGAGAUUCCGUCUGUUGUGCGGUCUGACGAUGGAGAUUCGGACCCGCCGGAACGGACCCGAAGGAACUCCUCGUCGGGCGCUAUGCACAGCUCGGUGCCCGUGUUGCCCAGCGAACGUCAGCGAGAACGGAGUAGCAGCCGGUCUCCCCAGCAGGCGCCAGCACGGCCGUCAAGCACGCCGCCGCUCCCGCGCAUCGACACGUCUGUGCACGUGCCGAGGAUGCCCCCGCCGAUGCCCCCGCUGGCUGUUCACACUGCUCCAGCUCCAUCGCCUGCUCCAUCCAUGGCACGUACGAGAACCCCCAUGGCUGGCCCACGCGGCUUACCUGCCGAGCCUCAGCGCCGGCGAUCGGAUGGUGACCAGCCACUCCGGGCCCCGGGACCAGCGCCGAUGCCUUGCGCGCAGCCCGAUAUGGAUGGGUCGGCCGCUGUCGGGUCGCGACCGACGCGACCAGGUGCAACACCCCUUGAUCCGCAGCGGCGGCGUUCCGACGGAUUCCAGAACGUCGUUCCUCUUCCCCAGCAGUCGCAGCAGCAACAGGGCGGGCCCCGCAAUGUGCGCUGGACGGACAACCUUGUCGCGCCGUCGCCCGUCCUCGCCAACCAGCGCCGGAAGGGAUGGUUCAAUCGCCGCGGGGACCAACUCUGGACGAAUGACGGUGCCUACAAGCCCUCGCCCCCCGGGCAAGAAUACCCGCCCGAUCUCCGAGAUUAUCCGGCGUAUGGAAAUGGCUGGAUGAACGAGGAGGGUGUGCGGAUUGAUAUGGGUCACCGGCAUAUGCCCAAGGCUCCCCUGCGCAGUGCGCUCAAGCAGCGAAUUGUUAAUAUUCAGCAUGAGUAGAUCGUCUAUGAAGCAUGUAUUAUGUCCACCACCGCUAUCUAUCUAUGUACGCCGUAUGUGACCUAUGUAUCGUAUCAACAUGAAUGAAAUUAUGCACGGAGUAAGAUUACUCCACUCUUGCUGAAUUGUCGUCGCCCAAUGGGAGAUCCGUUAAAUAAGGCUUGGGCACAAGUUUGUAAGGUAUAAGACUCCAUUUGCCUAAGUUGACAUGUCAAGGCAUCGGCGCAUAAUGUUUGCGGUUCUAGACUCGAGCCGACGAGCAUGCGACUCGAGACCCACGUGUCAAAAAAUGGCACGCUACGGAAUUUGCCGACGCCUCCUGCAUUUCGCGAAUACCCGUUUUCCUUGCACGGUCUCUGUCCAAUCGACCCGUCGAUGCAUGCGCGAGGGAACCUUGAAUGGUCUUAGCAUCUAUCCCAAGCAAGCUAGCCCACCGGCGCGUCAUGCUGUAGACGUGUCUGUCAACUGCGUCAGUCGAGACAAGCUGCUAGUGAGACUGGGAUCGUUGAUGGAUGCUCCACGGAAGUUCACUUGGGAGUGGAGAAGCCAGAGGAUUGCCGCGAAAACUCCAAGUGGAUUCGGACUCCUCCCACAGGCUACGACCAAUCUCAACGCUGCCCUCUGCAAGGUCUUCUCCUCUCCUCGUGGCCGGCCGCUCGUUGCUGUCGAGGCCGUUCUCGCGGCGAACUCCCACUUCCAGCUGUUCGUCUUCGGCGAGUUGGCCGAAUCUGGUACACCUCUGUCUCGUCUCUGUGUGUAAGAGAACACGCUAUCGCUGAAGUUCAGCAUUGUAUCCGUAGGACAGCAGAGACAAGCGCAGACAAACGCGCAAGAUGUCCCUUUCCGGAAGCGGCACAAACACCUCGAGAUCACUGGCCUAUGUUUUAUCUCCUGCUCUAAACUUGUGAUCCGCUGCGGGCAGCGGAUGGGCUUCGAUGAGCCUGAAGA